UUUCAUUACCGAUAGGUUUAAAAUCCUCUCUAAAACCUCCCAAAUCGAAAUCGAAUUCAACCUAGGGUUUCCAUUCCUCUCCGUCAGCCAUGGCUCGUAACGAGGAGAAAGCGCAGUCGAUGCUCAAUCGAUUCAUCGCCAUGAAGGAGGAGGAGAAGAAGAAGCCCAAGGAUCGCCGCCCCUACCUGGCGUCGGAGUGCAGAGACCUUGCCGACGCGGACAAGUGGCGGCAGCAAAUCAUGCGGGAGAUUGGCCGGAAAGUUGCCGAGAUCCAGAACGAGGGUCUCGGCGAACACCGACUUCGUGACCUCAACGACGAGAUUAAUAAGCUCAUACGUGAGAAGGGCCAUUGGGAAAGACGGAUAGUUGAGCUCGGCGGCCCGAAUUACACCAAGUAUUCCGCAAAAAUGACGGAUUUGGAAGGCAAUAUUGUGGAUGUUCCCAAUCCAGGUGGCCGUGGCCCGGGGUACAGAUACUUCGGUGCCGCCAAGAAGUUGCCUGGAGUUCGAGAGCUGUUUGAGAAGCCUCCUGAGUUGCGGAAAAGGCGGACGAGGUAUGAUAUAUACAAGAGGAUUGAUGCGAGUUACUAUGGUUAUAGAGAUGAUGAAGACGGUAUAUUGGAGAAGUUGGAGGGGCCAGCUGAGGAGAAGAUGAGGACUGCUGCGCUAAAAGAGUGGAUGGAGAUGGAGGAGAUAAAGAAAGAAGCGAAGAAGGCAGUGAAGAGUGGGGAGGUGGUAGAGGUGGGUUUGGGAUCGAAGAUAUUGUUCGAGGAAGAAGAGGAUGUGGUGGAGGAGGAGAGGAGGGAGAAAGAGAAGGAAAAGGAAAAGGAGUUUGUGGUGCACGUUCCACUGCCGGAUGAGAAGGAGAUUGAAAGAAUGGUGUUAGAGAAGAAGAAGAUGGAGCUCUUGAGUAAAUACGCCAGCGAUGAUUUGGUUGAGGAGCAGACUGAAGCGAAGGCCAUGCUUAACAUUCAGAGAUAAAUGAUUGAUGCACUUUAGGCUUGGUUAACGCUUAAAAUUCAGCAACAGAUGAUGCGCUUUUAUCUUUUAAUUAACAUUUCCUGAUUGUGCAUCUUGCAGCCUCUCCUUUGUAAAUCAGAGAUUUCCCGUGUCCCCCUAGAGCAUUCUCUUUUAUGUUGUAAGCCGAAGGGCUCUUCUGUUAAAUUAUGCACUUUCUUGAUCGCUCUAUGCAUUGAUAGUUUGAUACAUGUACUAGUGAAUGUGAAUGACAGGCCACAUGGCACCAGUUAAAAGAAAUUCUUGAUUGGAUCA